GACUUUUUAAGCCUUACAUAGAAAACGAAAAAAUUAAAUUAUCAAAGUUCGUAUAUCCAUCGUUGUUUUUUUUCUUCUGUUUAAACCUCUAAACAAGAGCGUUAGAGAACAAAAGCUGAAACAGCCAAUGGGCGAACAGUUUGUUGCAAAGUCCGACAUUUCUGGUAGGAUGGCGAGGUUGGGCGUUACAGACUUUCAGGAAAUUAUUAUUCCUCUGUUUAUUUUCCACUUCACUUAUGUCAGCUGGAGUGUACGGUGCUUUGUAAAUGCGGCCCUUGUCUCUCAGGUAAGAUUCUUCUUUAAAAAAAAACCGUUCUAAUUUAAAUGUUAAUUUCCGGGGUAGCACUAGCCGUCGCCUGUCAACAUUCUCCCCGGAGGGGGGUCCGCCUGUCAGACUCAUCACAAUGUUAGGGGUCCUUGAGGUGGGGAGCGAACCUGCAAGUGCAGCAGUCUACACCGUUACCAAUUCAGGAUAGCAACAAGGAGUGAUUCGUGGUAGCCCGUCAGACACACCGAUGAAGAAAAAGCCUAGUACUCCUCUGCGUCCCAAACGCAGCAGGCUGAUCAGUGCCGGCAAUGAAUCUGCUACAGAGCCGGGCUCACUUCUGAGCUGCAAUGCCCCACCGAAUUGUGAGACUGUCCCAGAAUCAGCCUCGCAAAUCAGGCACCUGACUAUGUCACAGCACAGUCACAGCCUCCACAAGUUUUUGAAUGAGGACCGCAUCCGGCAGAAGUUCUGCGAUGUUUCUGUGUCUGUGGGUGGGAAGCUCUACAGUGCCCACAAGGUGGUGUUGGCCCAUGGGAGCAGCUACUUCCACGCUGAGUUGUCCAAGAACCCUGCUACAACACAUGUGACUCUGGACCAUGUGGAGGACUCUGUUUUCAGGCACCUUCUUGGCUUUUUGUACACCUCUGAGUGUGUUGUUGCAGAGACAGACCUUCCGGCUCUAACUGAAGCGGCCCGCUUCCUGGAUAUGAUGGAUAUACUAAAGAUGCUGUGUGAAGAAGGGGACGUCCACCCUGUAAGGGGGAUCCCGGCCCAGGCUGAGAUAAGAGCAUCUCCUGAGGUAGAAAUGACCUUCAGUGACUCACCAGCAGGUGACACAGACAUCCAAAGCUCAUUUGAGCAGAGCACCCUGUGCAGUCGCCAGUUUAGCUCUGCAAACUCUUUGCAGAACAACUUGGCCGAGAGUCACAGCGAUGUACAGCAGGAUACCUCAACUGAGAAAGAGAAGACUGCAGGUCAGAGGAGUGCUACCACACGGAGAUCAGCUCGUAGGAGGCGAACACCCACCAAGUAUAAGAGAGAUGAUGUAGAGUACUUUAUUACCACUCCUGAGGAAAGACAAAGGACUGUAUCAACAAGACAACAAGAAGAAGCAAGAGCAGAAGAAGCAGUAGAGGUGGUUUUGGAGAACCAAACUCCCAAACCAGACAUGAGCGAGACAUCUAAACCAGCUCAGGGGGAUGACGCAGUGGAAGAGGAGGGUGAGGAGGAAGAGAGAGGAGACAUGAAUGAGGACGUGGCUGCACAAAAGAAAAUUGCUGAAGUUUGUGCAGCAGACAUGAGUGCAAGUCAACAGGGUUCUGAUGUAGAAAGGACAGAGCGCCAGGCUGUUCGAGUGGUGGAAGUGCAUGCGUCAGCAGCAGGAAGCUCUAACCAGAGUCCAGUCUACCCUGAGGGUCUGGCUCCAGUCAUCAUCCAAACCUCCAGCAAGAAGACUCUCAAGUGUCCCAAAUGUGACAAGAUUUUUGACCGCGCAGGGAAGUAUGAGAGUCACACCAGAGUGCACACAGGAGAGAAACCUUUCCAGUGUGACAUCUGUCUUCAGCGCUACUCCACCAAGUCUAACCUGACCGUACACAAGAAGAAGCAUGCCAGCGAUACUCCUUUCCAGAAGAAGGAGCACAAAUGCCCCUUCUGCAACAAACUCCAUGCCAGCAAGAAAACCCUGGCCAAGCAUGUCAGGAGGUUUCAUCCAGACCACAUCCAAGAGUUUCUUACCAAGAGGAAGAGGAAGAGUGAAGGCUGGAAAUGUGCCAUUUGUCUGAAGACCUUCACACGCAGGCCUCAUCUGCAGGAACACAUGAUAUUGCACACCCAAGACCGGCCUUUUAAAUGCUCCUUCUGUGACGAAUACUUCAAGUCAAGGUUUGCUAGGCUGAAGCACCAAGAAAAGUACCACUUAGGUCCUUUUCCGUGUGAGAUCUGUGGCAGACAGUUUAAUGACACAGGCAACAGAAAGAGACACAUCGAAUGUACUCAUGGAGGCAAAAGAAAGUGGACAUGCUUUGUUUGUGGGAAAUCAGUAAGGGAAAGGACAACCUUGAGGGAGCACUUGAGGAUCCACAGUGGGGAGAAGCCUCACCUCUGUAGUAUCUGUGGCCAAAGUUUCCGUCAUGGCAGCUCCUACAGGCUUCAUCUCAGAGUCCACCACGAUGACAAGCGAUAUGAGUGUGACGAAUGUGGGAAAACCUUUAUACGCCAUGAUCACCUCACCAAACAUCAGAAAAUACACUCUGGUGAGAAAGCACACCAAUGUGAAGAGUGUGGCAAGUGCUUCAGGCGCCAUGAUCAUCUGACUGUCCACUACAAAAGUGUUCAUUUGGGAGAGAAAGUUUGGCAGAAGUAUAAAACCGCUGUGCAUCAGUGUGAGGUUUGCAAGAAAGAAUUUAAAGGAAAGUCCAGUUUGGAGAUGCACUUCAGGACUCACUCGGGUGAAAAACCCCACAGAUGUCCUGAGUGCCACCAGACAUUUCGGAUCAAGAAGACCUUGACAAAGCACAUGGUGAUUCACUCAGACGCUCGUCCUUUUAACUGUCCCCAUUGCAGCGCCACCUUUAAAAGAAAAGACAAGCUCAAGUACCAUGUUGACCAUGUGCAUAGCACCCGGUUUACCGAGCAGCCACUGAGCACGAUCAGUGAGGACAAAAUAGUCUCCAUUCCUUUUGAGGAAACCUCAAAGGCAUAUCGCGCUGAACCUAAGUCAACCCUCCAAAGCACCCCUCCUUCUAUGAAUGUCUGUUUGCCAGUCACUUUAGUUCCUGUCCAGAUGGCAGGAGGAGCGCAGGGCGACCUGAAUGCUCACGGGGCCUCGUCUCUCUCAUCCCAAACUCACAGUGUUGUGAGCAUGCAGGCUCAAGGGCAGCAGCAGAACUCUGGCUACCAGGCUACCACAGACCUGGCAUUUUUAGAGAAGUACACCCUCACCCCCCAGCCAGCCAACAUCGUUCACCCUGUGAGGCCUGAUCAGAUGCUGGACCCCCGAGAGCAGUCCUACCUGGGCACGCUGCUGGGACUGGAUUCAGCUUCCUCUGUGCAGACCAUGUCCAACUCCGAUCACACGCACUGAUGCUCCUCAGCCCAAAAUUGAGUCUUGAAGGCAACGUCAUUUGAAUCAGAAGAACAGAAAGCUACAGUAUUCACCACUAAAAUAUGUUCACAAUUCAAAACAGAGGGCAAUUUUUUACUACCAUGUAAAUGAUUAAAUUUAAGACAAAUCUACACACCUGCACUUCAUUCAUUUUGGGACGGAAAAACCUCUUUGAUGUUCAGCCUGUUCUCACAGGAGAAUCACACUUAAUUGUCAACAAAAUAAAUGUAUUUGUGUGACAUGUUAAAAAAGAAGAAAACUUUGGAUUUAAACAGGGCGUUUUCCUGUUGUAAAUUUAUGCAAAACCAUGAUAAAUAUCACCUUAACCCUGAAGCUUGAUAGACCAUUCAAAUAACUUUUUCAGUAAAAAUAGCCAUCAUUUUCUGGUUCUAGCUUCUAAUCAAUCAAUUUAAUAAUUAGGUUAAUUGAUAAUAAAAAGAUUGCAACGCAGCCUUGUAAUACUGAGGAGACUUGAACUGACUGGUCUUAAUAUACUGUAUAUUGUAAUUUGUGUACUGCCUUCACAACCUGUCACUGAAACAUUUUUGGUUUGUAACUGUUGGAUGCAAAAUGAACAGAGAGAGGAAUUUUUUUUUUUAACUCAUUCAGUGUAAAUAUGAGCACAGUGAUUAAGUAAUAGAAAUCAAUGUACAUAUGUAUGUGUGUG